CCUUCGGCUUUGUCCUUCUCCCUCUGUCAUAUACCCCUUUCUCCAUAUCACUAUUUGGAAUAGAAAAUUGCACUCGGACGAGUCGGACAAACGGCUCGUUAGGAGCAGUUGUCUCCGCUUGAGGCAAAUUUGUCGGUCCAGUGCCUGGUCAACACAGCCGAUUGGCACAUUCAACGGUGAUUCCUUAUUUUUGACUUUGGCAGCCAUGUCAAUGCAUCAUAUUACUAUUACAUUCCUUUAACCAUGGGCUGCAUAUUGGGGAGAUGUUCUACUUAUUACGUCACGAGCGACGUUGCGAGAUAUAAGAAUCAGAUCUUUGACAGCGAUAAGGAAUGUGCAGUCUCACACCAGAAGCUGCGACUUUACUACUAGCAUCUUAAGUAUCGAGUACAAUGGGCUCUAUCAUUCCAUUUCUCACCGAGGGUCAACUACGAUUUUUCCUCCUGUCUAAUCGAGUAAUCCAGUGGCUAAGUUCCGUCAUUGUUCUUGGAAUCACAUCCUACUUCAUCCACACAGGCCCUCGCGGGCUAACAAUUGUUUACCUAGAGAUUGUUGUAAGUAUGAUUUCAACACGUCAUGAACCAUGCACUACUUACAUGUCAUGUAGGCUGUGGUCUCCGUGGUGGUGUUCUUGCCCGCUUUUGUGUCCCCAUUCCUGAGCACACCAGUGAAGGACUUUGUCCUUUUCGUUGAUGUGAUCUUCUCAUAUCUGUAAGCAGGCUUUUGCAAUGCUCAACAUGGUCAACAGGGAUAACGAAUGAUCUUAGAUGGCUGACAGGGUUCAUCUUUGCUGCUGUUGAUUACAACCAGAAGAACUGCCAUGCCAAUGCUCCGCCGGGUGUUGUAUGCUCGGUGAAGUGGGCUAACGAAGCCUUCAUCUUUUUAACCUUGUAUGUACAGAGCAAGUCCAUUCGAGCACAGACCACAUGUCUAAUUGUUCAACUCAGCAUUUUUACCUUUUUUGCUCUGUUUCUGGAGACACUUGCACUUUGGUUGUCCCGCCGGAGCCGAAAUGCCUCAUCCUCACAGAAUGAGAAACAUGAUCCAAGGGCUUCCGUACACAGCGAUACCAGACUGCCGGGUGAUAACAACAUGCAAG